CAGCAGCUGAUCAGGAUGUUGGGCUCAGCUCUGGAUCGGCCUGGAUGGAAAGACUGGAUCGGUUUUGAGCUCCAGUUCCGUCUGGGUCCGAGCCUCCAGGGAAGGCGGGUCAUCGUUCACACCAACUACCCCCUGGAAGGACAGAGGUUCAUCCGAAACAACUUCCGUGUUUUAGCCUGGAACUACCCGACAGGCCGGGAGGAUGACUCCGAUAAGUUCUGCUCCCUGGAGCUCAACAUGGCCGGAUCCUACCAGUACUACUUUGGAUACGCAGGCGUGGAGAGGUUAGGAGGAGGCUACAUCGUGGUGGACCCCGUGCUUCGUGUGGGAGGAGACAACCAUGUCCUCCCCCUGGACUGCAUCACCAUCCAGACCUACCUGUCCAAAUGCCUGGGACCCCUGGAAGACUGGCCAGACCGGCUGAGAGUGGCCAAGGAGUCAGGUUACAACAUGAUCCACUUCACUCCCCUUCAGACUCUGGGAGAGUCCCGCUCCUGUUACUCGCUAGCCGACCAGCUGAGCUUCAGUCCAGAGUUCAGUCCAGAAGGGAAGAGCUACGGCUGGGAGGACGUGGGAGAACUGGUGGAGAAACUGAGGACGGAAUGGAACAUGGUGUCCAUCACGGACGUGGUGUAUAAUCACACUGCUGCUAACAGCGUCUGGAUCCAGCAGCAUCCAGAGUGCGGCUAUAACCUGAUGAACUCCCCUCACCUGCGUCCUGCUUGGCUCCUGGACAGAGCCAUCUGGCACCUGACCACCAGGGUCGCAGACGGCCGCUACCGGGACAAAGGGCUUUCUGCUGACAUCACCUGUGAGAGCCACCUCAACGUGCUCCGCGGCGUCUUCUGGGAGGACAUCUUUCCUCAGAUCAAACUGUGGGAGUUCUUCCAGGUCCAGGUGGAAAGUGCUGUGGAGGAGUUCAGGAUUCUCCUCCAGAACGGGUCCAAACCAGAUCCCAGUAAGACUGGAGGAAAACCAGGACUGAAGAUCAUUCAAGACCCCCAGUACCGUCGCUAUGGCAACACAGUGGACAUGGACUCAGCUUUGGAGACGUUUGUUCCUCACAGCUCCUCCCCUCAGCAUAUAGAGGAGUGCUGUGAUUGGCUGAAACGGAGACUGACCGAGCUGAAUGAGGAACAGUUCCACAUCGUACACCAGCAUCAGGAGCAGGCAGUCAACUGUGUGGUGGGGAACAUAGUGUACGAACGUCUGGCUGACCACGGCCCCAAACUGGGUCCUGUUACCAGGAAGAACCCUCUAGUUACCAGGUAUUUCACCUUUCCCUUUGCAGAAAUGACUCUAGAGCAGGAGAUGGACUUUCUGAGCCAGCCGGAUAAGAUGUGCCACUUCCUGGCGCACAACGGCUGGGUGAUGAGCGACGACCCGCUGCGCAACUUUGCUGAGCCAGGGUCCAACGUGUACCUCCGGCGGGAGCUGAUCUGCUGGGGGGACAGCGUCAAGCUGCGCUAUGGCAACGGACCCCAGGACUGCCCCUACCUGUGGGAGCACAUGCAGAAAUACACCGAAAUCACAGCCAAGUACUUCCACGGAGUGCGACUGGACAACUGCCACUCUACGCCGCUGCAUGUGGCCGAGUUCAUGCUGGAUGUGGCCAGAGGAGUGUGUCCCAGCCUGUAUGUGGUUGCUGAGCUGUUCACUGGCAGCGAGGAGCUGGAUAACAUCUUUGUAACCAGACUAGGCAUCACGUCGCUCAUCCGAGAGGCCAUGUCAGCUGGAGACAGCCACGAAGAGGGCCGCCUGGUCUACCGCUACGGCGGAGAACCUGUGGGGGCCUUCGUCCAGCCCAGCCUGCGUCCCCUGAUGCCCUCCAUCGCUCACGCGAUGUUCCUGGAUGUGACCCACGACAACGAGUGCCCGAUCCAGCUCCGCUCGGCCCUGGACUCCCUGCCCAGCUCUGCCAUGGUGUCCAUGGCCUGCUGCGCCACCGGCUCCACCAGAGGAUACGAUGAACUGGUCCCUCAUCAGAUUUCUGUGGUGAAGGAGGAGCGUUUCUACCCCAAGUGGAACCCAUCUGCCGCCCCCACCUCCACAGGGGAAGUCGGCCCUCAGAGCGGCAUCAUCGCUGGGAAACUGGCUCUCAACAAGCUGCACCAGGAGCUGGGGGCCCAGGGCUUCAUCCAGGUCUACGUUGACCAGGUGGACGCGGACAUCGUCGCCAUCACCCGGCACUGCCCCAGCACGCACCAGUCCGUGGUGACCGUGAGCAGGACGGCCUUCAAGAACCCCAAGACCCACCACUACGAGCCAGACGCCCCGCCCAUGUUCAUCCCCGGUAAGAUUGAAGAAAUCAUUUUGGAGGCGAGAACGGUGGAGAGAGAAGCAGGGAGUUAUAAGAAGGAUGAGAAAUAUAUAAACGGCAUGCCAGAGUACACCGUGGAGAUAAAGGAGCACAUACCGAUCCAGGAGAGUACAGUGGUGAAGCACGCUGGGGUGACGUCGAAAGGCCGCUCAGAGUUCAUCCAAAGAAUCCAGUUCCAGAAGCUGACCCCCGGCAGCGUCAUCGCCUUCAGGGUCAGCCUGGACCCCAAGGCACAGCAACUGGUGGGCGUGUUGAGGUUUUAUUUGUCCCAGUUCAGCCCCAAGUACAGGAAGGGCAGCGUUCCAGAUGAAAACCCCCCAGAGGUGCUGCAGAAACCCCUCGCUCAGCUGAUGUCCAAGCUGACGCUCGCAGACAUGAACAUCCUGCUGUUUCGCUGUGAAGCCGAGGAACAAGAAGACGGCGGCGGCUGCUACAGCAUCCCAGGCUGGGAGAGCCUGAAGUAUGCCGGUCUGCAAGGUCUGAUGUCGGUGCUGGCGGAUAUCCGUCCAAAGAACGACCUGGGCCACCCUCUGUGUGCCAACCUCAGAGACGGAGACUGGCUCAUAGACUUUGUCUCCAACCGGCUGAUCCACAGGGAAGGACCUCUGGCUCAGGUGGGUCAGUGGUUGGCAGCCAUGUUUAACUACCUGAAGCACUUCCCUCGUUACCUCAUCCCUUGCUACUUUGAUGCCAUCCUGGUGUCGACCUACACCACGGCUCUGGACGCCACCUUCAAGCUGAUGUCCAGCUUUGUGGAGAAAGGUUCCACGUUCGUCCGCCACCUGGCGCUGGGCUCGGUCCAGAUGUGCGGCGUGGGCCGGUUUCCGGCUCUGCCUCCGGUUUCCUCCAAAGUGGGGGACGUCCCGUACCGCAUCAGCCCCAUCACCGGGGAGAAGGAGCAGUGCUGCGUCUCCCUGGCAGCAGGUCUUCCUCAUUUCUCCGCUGGGAUUUUCCGUUGCUGGGGCAGAGACACCUUCAUCGCGCUCAGAGGACUCAUGCUAAUCACAGGCAGACACGCCGAGGCGCGCAACAUCAUUCUGGCAUUUGCUGGGACGCUGCGUCACGGUUUGAUCCCCAACCUGCUGGGAGAGGGUCGCAGCGCCAGAUACAACUGCAGGGACGCUGUGUGGUGGUGGCUGCAGUGCAUCCAGGAUUACACCAACCUGGUUCCUGAGGGACAUGAAAUCCUGCGCUGCCCCGUCACACGCAUGUACCCCACAGACGACUGUGAGCCCUGCAGACCAGAGCAGGUGGUGAGAGAGCGAGAGAGAGAGGCCCUCUGGGUGGACGUCAUCCAGUCUGCUACACCUUCUACCUGAUCCAACUCUCCUGUUCUAACUC